AUGCUCACCCCCACGUUUAACUGUAAACUCAAGCGCCACAACGCCAAGAAGGCGUUCCUCCCACCAUCAACGCCUUGUCGUUGUCGACGGAAAAUGACUCGGGUGCAAAGCGAUGGCCUUGACCGUCUCAAAGCUGUGGAGUUCCACGGCUUUGCACACACGCUCAAUGCCCUUAUGCACCGCUUCCACCACCUACAUUGCAAGGGAGCCAAAUCUCGACCGCCGCAGCCGCAGCUGACAAGCCAUGGCCCGACCGCCACGGAUGCACUCCUGCCGCCUCCCACCUAUGCCGCCGCUGCUGCAGCCCACCGAUGCCGCCACCCACCGACGCUGGUGCCCUCCCCCGCUGCCGCCUUCCUCCACCGCCGUCCAUCGUUGUCGCCGUCCACCGAUGCUGCUGCCUACCGAUGA